CAAAUCGCCAACAACAGAGGCAAAGUCGACAAUGAUGAUGACGAUGAUGGGGUGUUCUCGUGGUGGUGGCAGUGGUUGGGCUGCAGCCAGUGGUGCUGUUGUUGUGCUGGUCGCAGUGCUCACCGUCUUUGCUCCACCGACAACAGCAGCACUCACCGUCCACGUCGUUCAGACGUGUCACUUGGAUGUUGGGUUUGCGGAAACGGCAGCAGGGGAGUUGGACAACUACCGCCGUUACCUCGUCGAGGCGCAGAACAUCUCCGAAGCACUGAAAACCAUGAAGAACCCAGACAAUGCCGGCCUCAUCUUCACCACCCACCCUUAUGUAGUGUCGCUGCUGCUCGACUGCCCACCAGGGAUGGGCUUUACCUGCCCCACCGAGCAGGAGAGGGCCACCAUCAUUGCAGGCUUGAAACAAGGCAACAUUGUCAUGCAAGCGUUCCCACACAACUCGGAAACGGCCACCAUGUCCACGGAGCUGUUCGUCGCGGGCUUACAGCUUGGAAAACGGCUUGCCCGCGACCUCAACAUCUCGGCCCCAACAGUGAUGACGCAGCGCGAUGUUCCCGGCGCCACGCGCGGCAUGAUCCCGCUCCUCGCCAGCGCAGGUGUGCGAGGGUUCAGCGUGGGCGUGAACACGGCGUCGCUGCCGCCCGCUGUCCCGCGCGUGUUCGUGUGGAGGGACGAAGCGUCAAACACAGAUGUGCUCGCCUCCCUCCACCCCCACGGCUACGGGGGCAUCGACAAGUCCGACUGCAUCGUCAUCGAUGGCUUUGACCACGUGCUGUGUCCAGACUACAAGGGCGACAACGAAGGUCCAUGGAGUGUCAUCGAGGUUCUUCAGCACUGGAAACAGCUCAAGAAGGAGUUCCCUGGCGCGACAAUUGUGCCAUCGUCCUUUGAUUCGUACUUUGAAAUCCUCGAAUCCGUCAAGCACCGGCUCCCCGUCAUCACACAGGAAAUUGCAGACACGUGGAUUUACGGUAUUGCGAGUGAUCCCUACAAGAACACCGCAUACCGUGCUCUCGAGCGAGCAAGGGUGUCGUGUCUUGGCUCGGGCGCGUGUUCAGCAGCAGAUGCUGUCAUGUUGAACUUCACCCGGCUCCUGCUGAAAAACCCCGAGCACACGUGGGGCGGAGACGUGAAGAAGUAUCUGCAUGACGAGGACAACUGGCUCAACGUCGAUUUCCACCGCCUCCAGUACUCCGCUGAUAACUACGUCCAGAUUGCUAGCAUGUGGCAGGAGCAGCGUGACUGGGGACUGAAGUUUGCCCGCCAGGCUGUGCCUACAUCACAUCCCCUCACAUCAUUCAUUAGUGAUGAGCUUGCAGGCACAAGCCCACAGCUGCCAUCGCUGAGCGGAUACUCCCAGGUUGCGGAUGUGACCAAGGAAAUGCGCGUUGGCGGGUUUGUUGUUUCGUUCAACGCAACCACGGGCGCCAUUGCAUCGCUCGUGCACGCUUCAUCGGAAACCGUCCUCGCGUCCACUGCCAACCAGAUUGGCACCUUCGAGUACAAGGUGCACGCUGCUUCCGAGUAUGAGACGUUCUUUGACGAAUAUGCGCAGCGCAUCGAUGGAAAGAUCCCAUCUUACUUUCCCAAGGACUUUGGCAAGCCAGGGCUGUACAACAACAGCAUCAUUGCGAACACCACCAUUGUGCAUGCGCCGAUCAAGGCGGCAUUCGUCAAGAACGACUCACAAGCGGCAUCGGUUGUGCUGCAGCUGCAGCCACCCAACAUUGCACAUCUUCGCGCCAACUUUGGGCCGCCUGACUCGGUUUGGAUUGAGUACUCUUUCGACUCAUCAAGGGUAAACAUUAGCUUGCUGCUGAGCAACAAGACGGCAACCAGGCUUCCUGAGUCUGCGUGGUUCAAGUUUGCGCCGCGCGUGUCAUCUUCUGGGUGGACGAUGGGCAAGCUGGCAGACGCGAAUGUGAAUCCCCUCGAUGUUGCUGUCAACGGAUCGCGCCACCUGCAUGCUGUGUGGGACGGUGUGCGCCACAGCUCCGGCGUGUCGCUGCGCACGCUUGAUGCUCCACUGCUGUCCUGGGGCGACACAAACCCGUUCCCCACCCCGAGUGGCGACUGGCAGCCAGACGUCUCUCGCGGCGUCAACUUCUGCCUCUUCAACAACAUCUGGGGCACCAACUACAUCAUGUGGGUUCCAUUCCGCAAGGAUGAGCACAGCUACAAGUACCGCUUCCAGCUCUCGCUCCAGCAACAGCAGCAAUGAGCGCAACCUCCCACGCCCACACACAGCUGUCGUCACCAACACAUGCGGACCUGCUCUUCAUGAUGUUAUGAUUGCACGCAUGGCCACGUGCUGCAACUCGCCUCGCACUUUGCCCUCCCCUCCCGCCUUCUCCAAAAUCUCUUGUGCUUUCCACGCGUGUUUCGUUCAAGUGGGUACAAAAGUCACCACAACUUGUACUGUGGACGGUUACAACCAACAAUGAAACAACUCAAAACAGAAA